GCCAAAGCGAUUGGACCGAGCGCGGCGCGGAAUCCGUGAACGGCCCGCGGCCCCGAGGCUGCAGCUCCGGGACUGACUGCGCCUCCCUACCCCAUGGACGCCGCUUCUAGCCCGUGGAGUCCAACCCCAGCUCCCGCCAGCAACCCUUCCUUGCCGCUCCCCAUCCCCGCCAUUGUCUUCAUCGCUGUGGGCAUCUAUUUGUUGCUGCUGGGCCUGGUGCUGCUCACUAGGCACUGCCUGCUGGCCCAGGGCUGCUGCACGGACUGCAGCGCCCCCUGCAGGAAGCAAAGCGCCUCUGAGCCCCAAGACUGUUGCUGGACCUGCGCGGAAGCGUGCGACUUCCCUCUGCCUAGCCCGGGCCGCUUCCUGGAUGCGUGCUGCCCCCAGCCCAGCGAAGCUGGUUGGGCCCCUCGCUGCCCCCUCUGUGACUGUGCCUGCGCCUGCCAGCUCCCGGACUGCCAGAGCCUCAACUGCCUCUGCUUUGAGAUCAAGCUCCGAUGAGGACCCCAGGGCCCUGCCCUCUGGGGGGAGCGGCCAGCCCCCAGGGCUCAGCGCGGCCCUCCUCCCCGAGGGGCCUCUGGACACCUUUCUCCAGGUCCCCCAAAACGCAAAUGGCUGAGCCCAGCUCAGUGGCCUGGGACCAGGGCCCUGGGCCGGCCAGACUGCGGCUC